AGAGACGGCACUUGUUUCAGGGACUCUGGUUUGGGUGGAUUAUGAACGGCUUUGGACACCAGCCUGCCUCCAACCACCAGACCAGCCCCAUUCAGCACCACAGCGCCCAGGAGCUCCUGGACAUGGCCGUCUACUGCGACAACUACGGCGUGUACCAGCAGAACCUUCACCACCACCCGCAGAGGCCGCCGGCCCAUUCCUCCAGCUACGGUCUGAGUGACUACACCUCCCCGUCCGCCAACCCCUACCUGUGGCUUAAUGGACCGGCCAUCAACUCCUCUCCGUACCUCCCUGGGAACAACAGUUCGUCCUACAUGCAGCCCGGGUACGGCUCGAACCAGAGACAGUUCCUCCCGACUCCCACCGGGUUCGGUGGCGCCGACCUGGGCUGGCUGUCCAUCUCCAGCCAACAGGAGCUCUUCAAGAUGGUCAGGCCGCCUUACUCCUACUCUGCCCUGAUAGCCAUGGCCAUCCAGAGCGCACAGGACAAGAAGCUUACUCUGAGUCAGAUUUAUCAGUAUGUGGCUGACAACUUUCCUUUUUAUAAGAAGAGCAAAGCUGGGUGGCAGAACUCUAUCCGACACAACCUGUCUCUGAAUGACUGUUUCAAGAAGGUAGCGAGAGAUGAGGACGACCCAGGAAAGGGAAACUACUGGACUCUGGACCCGAACUGUGAGAAGAUGUUCGACAACGGGAACUUCAGACGGAAGAGAAAAAGGAGAUCGGAUAUAAACGGAUCUCUCCCGGUCAAAUCAGAGGACGCUCCGCAUAAACUCUCCGACACCGCCAGCCUGCUGACGCCUUCCCCGUCCAGCCUGCACGGAUCUCCGGCCUCCACGGAGCCAAAAUCGUCGCCGCCUCCCUCUGCGGAGCACAGCCCCUGUUUCAGCAGCUUCGUGUCGGGCGUCAACUCGUUGCUGGCGGGCAGCGACGGCUCCGGGGCCCCUGGGGGACUGUCCCAGAGCAGGGAGAGCAUGUCGGGACUGGGAUCCUACUCUCCCUCCUUAAUCUCCCCCCUGAACUCUGACAACAGAAUGAACUAUUAUACAUCAGCGCAGAGCCUCUCCAACCACUUCAGCGUAAAUAAUCUACUUUACAGCCGGGAGGGAACAGAGGUUUAGACUGUUACUUCUAUGGUAUGGAGCUCCAAAAGUGCCAUAUUGGGAUAAAUAAAUAAUUACACUGUUUACAACAUUUGUGUCAAUAAUUAAAACAAACAUAUCCACAUAUUUAUUAAAUAUGGCAAUAUUUAGUGUUCAGGUUUUGACAGAUAACCCAGCUCUGUAUGGCAAUUUCAAUAAUUAAAAUAAAUAUAUAUAUAUUCAUCAAAUUUGCAUUGUACCAAAUAUGUCUUAACAUUUACUUUACUAACCAAAAGAAAAAUGGCAAUCAUCAAUCUUCCAAUUGAUGAUUGCAUGAAAAAAUACUUUAACUUAUUUCCAGUUUCAUUUUAACAAAGAUUUUUUGGAUUUAUUACAUUUUGGCACUAUUGGCGCUGCUUGUCAUAGAAGCCUUCCUGUUUCUUAUGUAAAUAUGUCUGGUUCUGAUUACCUCAUUGCAGCUAACUAGAAUGGAUUUUACUAUAAUACCUUUUACUCAAGUAAGACAUGUAAUUAUAUCAGACACAAGUUUGAACUUGCAACAUUUUUAUUUUUAUUUAAAUGAGGUUCUUCAACUCAGGCCUGAUGGAUGCAUAUUUCAUUUGUUUUAUUUCUACUUUUCAAGUAUUAUUGUAGCUGCUCAUUUUUGUCUCAAAAAUGAAGACAUCUUUGUACAGAAAUUAUUUUUGCACAUAAAAAAUAAGACAGGAC